UCCCCCCACCUACCACCGCACCACCGCGCCCCUGCACCGCCGCCGGCCGGGCAGCAAGGACUUGCCAGCCCAAGCCGGCCCAGCACCUACCUUCGACGCGCUGCCCCGCCCCGCCCCCGCCCCGCCGCCUUCCACCAUGACGGCAUCGCCGGGACCUCUCCCUCUCUGGCUGGGAGGCCGUUCAGGAGGCAUGCGCCAGCGGCCCCCGUCCCCUGCUGCUCGCGGCGGAUCUGAUGAGGUCGGCUGCCACUGUUCAGUCUUGGGCGUGGACUUGCAGCUCGACAACCAUGGACGUGCAACUCAGACGCGUGCGUGCAAUGGUUCAGCGGUUCAGGGCAACUCCGACGACUCCUCUGGGUCCUCUCCAUCGUGCCCAUCACGUAGCAGUGCGCUUCGUGAGCGCACAUGCAGUACACUCUGGAGAUGUUGGGAUUGCAUCCUGGGUUUGCCAAAAAAACGUGGUUUGCCACUGGACAUGGUCUGGUCAAGUUCGGCUAGGUGCCCCGUGCGGCUCACACUCUAUUUUUUCAUAAGAUGGAGUUCAUUGUGUAUAGCUUUGUUGGUCACUAUGUGUGAAAAAAGGAUUAAAGAUGUGAGUGUGGCUGUGUCAAAAUAAUGAAUGGAUAUGUAUGUUUUGAAGCUCA